UGUGCGCUUGUAAAAAAGGACAAAAUAAAACAGUGGAUAUGUUAAUUAGAAAUGGAACUAAUGUUAAUGAGGCUACAUUUGAAGGGAAUACGGCUUUAAUGUACUCCUGUGACAAUUUUGCUCUAAAACAAAAUCUUGUAAAACAUAUAAAUACAUAUAAACCCGAUGUUACGGUUUUUCGAAUUGAUGAAUGGAAAGCUACAAAAUACGAAACCAAUAACAUUACAUGUAAUAACAAUGUCAAUACUAAAGCUGAAGUAAUAAUUGGCCAAGAAAAAGCUGCCGAGCUUUUGAUAAAAUCUGGAGCUGAUAUCAACAUUGUUAACAAAAAUGGAUGGAGUGCGUUGAUGUACGCCGCCAGAAGUGGAGCUAAAGAAACAGUUGAGCUCUUAAUGGAAUCUGGAUGUGAUGUUCUAGCCGUGAACAAAGAAGGAGACAAUGCACUAGCUAUAGCAUCAAAGUAUGGCAACGAAGAGAUUGUUCAGUAUUUGAGCCCCUGGUACAAAACAAUUUGUAUUGAUGGUCAACAACGAGGAGUUCCUUUUGUAAAACCCCAGCCAUCGACAGUCGACGACAUGAUGAAAGACGACAUGGUCAAACAGGUGCUCGACCUUGACAUUCCCGAAGACCUGGUCAAGAAAACUCUACAGAAAAGGCUGGAAGAUAAAGGCACACAAUUUGCGAGUGCAGAAGCUUUGACCGAGGCGGUACUAGAGGACAACUUAUUGAGUCUCAGCACAACCACACCCGAUGACCCCUCGAUCUCAACACAAGAAAAGAAGGCUACUGGGUUGAAAGAGCUGUUAGUAUGCAAAACGUGUUGCGAAGAGGAUGUGGACACAAAAUUUGAACCUUGUUGUCACCUCUCCUGCGGGAACUGCUGUUUUCAUGUUCACAUUUGCCCAACCUGCGGCUUACCUAUUCAAACUAAAAUAAAUCCUCCUUAUAUAGCUAUAUUAGCAGUUAUACUAACAUGUCUGAUAGAGGAAAAGGUAAAAGCAGAAAAGAUAAACAUUUCGCCGUCAACAAUUCCAGAAUGUACAUUGAAAGACCAGCAAGGACCUAUGCAUGGUAAACUACAAGAGAAGCACUUUAAAAUACUAAGAAGAAAGUACAAAUAUUUAGUUGAAGAAAUUGAUGGGAAAUUUUUAACGGAUCAUCUAUUCACCGAAGGGAUAAUAACUUUCGAUGACAAACAAGAAGUAAUGGCCAUACAAACACGCAGUGGGAGGACCCGAGCUCUACUGGAUAAAAUACUAAAUGCUGGACCAGGACGAGCGUUUCCUGAAUUUAUAAACUCACUAAAGGAACAUUAUCCACAUAUAGCAGAAGAGCUUUACAAUAAGUUGUGAGGCAAAGUUGUGGAUAAUUUUAUUUUCUCCAAGCUUUAGUGAAUAAAAACAGUUUUAGAUUGUUCUGUUCUGUAAUUAAAAUGUUUUUUUUAGUCCUUUCAUGCAGUCAAAUUAAAAUAAAACUAUCUAGAUCUAAAAAUAUAUUCAAAACUAAACUAAAACAACAAUUAUUUAAUGACCUCUCUAACUGACUCAUUGAAACAUUUCUCAUUCAUCUAUUAUAUUCUUAUUUUUUCUCAUUUUGUAUUAUAACUAAGUAAUAUUAUUUCUUUAUUCCACAUUUUUAGUGCUAUUUUACUGCUAUGUCGUUACUAUGCCAUUGUAAAAAAAAGACUGCGUGCCUACUAUUGUUAUCGUAAUUGAAUGAAUAAGUUUGAAUAAAUAAAUUAUUCUAAUUUGGUUAAGAGUGUUGAGUCAGGAAAUCCGAAAAUUAAUACAUUCAUUUUUUAAUAUCUGAUAUAUUAUAACUGUUUUAAAUGA